GUGCUCGGGGUGCUCGGGGCGUCGAGGCCGUUUAAAUAUACCAGACUGGCAGCGUUAUUCGGAGGACUGGGCUGGGAGGCUUCACUUGUGUCUGCACACUCCAUAGCGAAUCGUGAAGCUCCGCGCGCUGGCCAUGCGUCGAUGGAGAGAGCUCGAGUGGCUGAGAGAGCGGGCGGAGAGAGAAUUGGCGAGAGAGAGAUCGGGGAAUAUGAAUGGGCGUGGGAUGCAAGAAGCGGUGGUAUAGUAGGUAUGUAUGUAUGUAUGGACGGUAUGAACAGUAUCUUAUGUGUACGCUGCUGUGCAGUGCAAAGGACGUGGAAGCAUCACAGAGUGAGAUUUGGCUGGGGAGGGCGCUAUAUCUCGCUAUAUCCCCCUAUAUCAUCGCUAUAUUUCGGGAUAGUAAUAGUAACAAUAUACAGUACAAAUUACAAUACGCCGGAAACCUCUUUCCUCUCACGCGGUGCGACCCGGCGGGAGGAUUAACGGGGUCGACGGCUUCUACCUUACUGUACGUCGUCCCUUUAUCGUCGGCCCCGCUAUCAGCAAAAUUUUACGGCGAUGGGCGCUACCGUAUACAAUACCUUAGGAAUCAGGAUGGUCCAGCGCUCAACCAAGAUUCUCUCCAUCUCGUCUCUAGAACACACUCCUCAUCCGAACUGUACCGUCCUACCAGAAUAGUCGCAGAGCAUGAGGUGCAGCGAGCGGUGCGGUACCCUGCAUCGUCGCGAAUGGAUCCAGCUACCAGGUACUGCUAGCAACAUCCUUUCGGGCAUGUAUGUGGCUGCUCGGAGCGCUGAUCUCUAUACUGGCCCGUCCAUCUUCCCGCCCUGGCAAUAGUCAAUCGGCGCCGG